AUGACCCUUUGGUCGAUUGAAGGAAAGAACAUUGUUGGACUUGGUGAUAUCAUCUUGGGUGCAAUGAAGGGGACUAGAAGGAUGAGGACAGCUGAUAUCUCAUGUCCUAUCUGCAAGAAGCAGUACGAAUCUCAUGAGGCUAUUGUGGAUCAUCUAAACAGUGCAGAUUCGUGUUAUAUGGCUGCAUCUGAAAUGCUCCCUGCACCAAAAGGAUUGAAACGAGCACCAGAAAGUAAUGUGAAAGGAAAAUACCACCCUACCUCUGGCUACCACUACAUACUUCCUGAGCACCCACCUCCCCAUAAUAUCUUCCAAGAAAUGCAGGAACAUGAUCUUCAGCCUCAACAAACAGUCAAUCCGUGGUACCCUUUUGAUGGCCCAGGUGAAUGGUUGCUUGGCAGGUUCCUGGUUGAAAACCUUUCGCAGACUCAGAUUGAUCAAUUUCUCAAGCUAGAAUGGCGGCCAUCAUUCAAAUCCAAGGAUGAGUUGUUCUUUUUUUUGGAAUCACUUCCUGGGCAUGGACCAAAAUGGCAGUGUACAGAAUUUCAAAUCAAGGGCUACGAGUCCAUACAACCAAUCUACCUUAUCUGGAGGGAUGCUUUGGAGGUCAUGAAACAACUUUUUGCGAAUCCCAUCUACACAAAUCAUAUGUGCUAUGACCCCCAUAUCGUCCACAAUGGGACAGAGAGAGAGAUAGGAGAAUUCUGGACUACAUGUGGACUCAAAAUGCAUCCCUUAUUCCUCACCAUCGGAAAUAUUCAAUUGGAUGUUCAGAUGAAGGCCACAUCACAUGCCUGGCGCUGUGUGGCAUUCAUGCCAACACCGACCUUCCUGGUGAACUUGGAUUACCAAACACUCCUUCAAUCACAUUUGUGGCACAGAUGCAUGGACUUCAUUAUGUCGAAUCUUAAGGUGGCAGUGCGUGUUGGGGAAUUUAUGGCCGAUCCCUCGGCUCACUGGCAUCACUGCUUCACUCCCCUCAUUAGCCAUAUCGCUGAUCUCCCUGAGCAACUCAUGAUAGCAUGCUUCAACAAAGAAGUGAAGAAGCUGCACUUGAGUGGCAUACACCUCCCAUUCUGGAGGAAUUGGAGGUCUGCAAACCCAGCAAAAUUCCUCACCCCAGAAAUUCUUCACACCCUCCUUAAAUUCUUCUUCGACCAUGUCUUGAAGAGCCAGCAUAAGCACAUUGGGGUAUGCCACUUUGGAUCAGGUGUCUCUCAUGUGAAACAGAUGACAGGAAGAGAACAUCAGGAUAUCCAGCGCACAAUAGUCCCUACAAUGUGGGGAGCUGCCCCUCCCGAUUUCAUCUAUCUUGCCCAGAAUCUUGUUCACACACCCACCAGCAUUCGCAACAUGACCUAUGCACUAAACGAGUUUCAUCGUUAUAAGCAUGCCAUCAUUACAGCAGAGGCAUGGCAAGGAAAAGGCAGGGUCAAGGACGAUUUUUUUAUUCCCAAACUUGAACUUAUGCAAAGCUUCACCCGUAUCAUCCAGCAUGUCAGUUCACUUAUGCAAUACUCAGCUGAUAAGACGAGUUGCCAGAAGGAUUUUGUCAAACAGAUCGCACAAAUCCUCAAUUGGGAAGAGGCUAUAUGCCUUUUCAAACUUUACACACUCUUAUCGUCAUCAUCUACCAUGGCCUCGCGCCAAUCAGGCAAUCCUCUCAUCAAUGCAAUCAUUACAGAAGAUGACGAAGUCGCUGCUACAGACACCGACCCAGCCUUAUUGUGGAUAUCCUGUAUUAACCCAGAAGCUCAGAAAUGUCUGCACAGCCCAUGGCCAGUGCACAAUCACUUUCUGAAAGGGAUCAUGUCCAACAAUGUGAGGGUUGCCUUCAACAUUACUCUCAAUCCCAGUCGCAAACGCCUGGCUGCAUCUGAUCUCCAAUCAAUGUAUCACAUUCCUGACUUUUUACCAGUCUUUUACAACUUCAUCGCUAUGAGAGGUCAUGCAGAUCUCAACACUCAGCUCAAUCAACUGUUGUUCAAUGUCUGGUACAAAUUCCGCAUUCAACUUCACUCCACUUUCAAUGAACACAGUAUCAUGCCCAGUCAAGUCAUGCAGGCUGACCCUCCAUCUGAAGCAUUUCCUUCUGGCCACUGUGAUGCCAUGCUUGUUGGCCAGAGUGAUGGAAGCACACUGUAUUCUACUGCAAGUCCCUUUGUAGCUCAAGUGCGUGCUGUAUUCUAA